AUGAGGACCAUCUUCCUUCUCCUUUUCUUUGUCGCGACUUCGACGGCCUCCGAAUUUGUAAGUUCUGAUUCCGAUGUGCUCGCAGUACGGAUAGUCUUUGCAGAUUUUCAAAUGGGAAAACUACAAACCGGUCAAAAUGACAAGGAAACUGCCCGAUAAAAGCUCGGAAGAACGCAAGUGGGAGCCGAUUCGCUACAGAGUGCUCUACGAUGAUUCUGUUUUCGACGAGUAAGCUCUUCUUUCAUAUGAAAUACUUCGCUAGAAUCAGCUCUUGAUCAAUUCGUCUUCUGCAAAUAAUUUUCAUUCAAAUAACGCUUCAUUGUUCAGUUUUUCGCACGGAAAUGGUUUCUCGAAUAGGGCUUAUAAUAAUAAUCGACUAGCAGGUCCCUGGAGAGGCUCCUAGUUGAAAUCUCAUACAGGGCUUGCUUCUUUAAUGGUCCGACACUCUCUUCACUUUGAAACUCUGGUUGUCCAUCUGAUUUGCCCAGCGCGGACCACACGCCCUUUUACACAUUACCUAACACGGGAAGUGCGAAAGGUCGAGAUAUUGGAAUUUAAUGAAACUUGGUAUAUAGGUACUUCCGAACACCCUGCAUCCAAAGCAGUUGAAAAAAAGUGCGCCUUUUUGGUUUUAGUCGAGUUAGGGCGCCUCAAAGUUUGCACGCAAAAAUCACAUUGGAAGGGACGAGGGAAUGUCUUACGGCGGCUAACUCUAGCUGCCAGCAGGCGGCGUGGUGUAGUGGCUAGAGGCCUUGCGCUGUUAAACCUAUGAUGCAGGUUCGGUCCUUUUUUUCGGUGAAAUUUUUUGCUAAUUUUUUUAUUUGAAAAAAAUGAGGAAGUUUUUGAUGAUGGAGUGAAAGAACAGCUCAAAAUUUUUGAAAUUCACCAUUUUAUGCCCAUCUGAGAAAGAAUUUCGACAAAAAAAUUUUUUUGCUCCAUUUUUUUCCUUGCCUAACCAUAAGGCUUAUGGUCGACCCAUUCCUUCAAAAAAAUUUCUGAUAAACCAAUAGAAUCAAAGUGUUAUGAUAUUUAUUCUUCUUUCCUUCCUUUAUGACGUUAUGUGCGUAAAAAUGUGUAUCAAAGUCCAGCUUCACUUUAUUUUCACAAUCGAGAUGAUAUGGCGAUGCUGCAGGGAAGGAAAAAAAAAGACAAGGAAAAGGGCUAACUAACCGCCAUCUUUGAAGAAAAAAAUCGUUUGAUGAAUAAGAAUAGAAGCAUAGAACUACAAUAAGUUGUUAUUUAUAUCACAAACCUAUGAACUCUCGCAAGAAUAAUCUCGACGCCCAAAUUUCCUGCACAGAGCAGGACAAAAGAAACUAAAACAUUUUUUGUUGAAAGUCUUUCUCAAAACGACAUAAAAUAGUGAAUUUUAACACUUUGAACAGUGUCUUUCGUUCCAUCUUCAAAAAUUCAUCAAUUUUUUCGAAAAACUUCAUGGCAAAAAAAAACUUCACCAAAAAGGGUCCGAACCUGCAUCAUAGGUUUCACAGCGCAAGGCCUCUAGCCACCACACCACGCCGCCUGCUGGCAGCUAGAGUUAGCCGCCGCAACACAUUCCCUCCUCCCUUCCAAUGCAUUUUUGGCGUGCAAACUUUGAGGCGCCCUAACUCGACUAAAACCAAAAAGGCGCACUUUUUUUCAACUGCUUUGGAUUCAGGGUGUUCGGAAGUACCUAUAUACCAAGUUUCAUUAAGUUCCAAUACUUCGACCUUUCGCACUUCCCGUGUUAGUCUGUUCAGAUUUUAAAUGUCAAGUCAUCGUUCAAACCCCGCUUCUUUUGCCUAGAUCGAACCAAUCAGAGAGCGAGUCUUCCACACAGCGUUUUUGGAGGUGGAGCUAGCUGCUUUACAUUCAAAAUCUGAAAGGACUGUAUGCGUCCCUGUCUCUCGCUUCAAUUGCGACUUAUGUAGUGGCUGCGAAUGCAACGUGGUCCCUAAAGGGGAACCUUUGAAGGCACUUUAUGGGUGCCCAUUAGGGGUCGCUUUGAAGUUCCUAAGUACAGUACUCAUAGUACUGGUACGAAAAUGGAAGGAUAAUCAAAACCCCUGUAGGGGCUUCUUUUGCAAACUUACUUACUUUAGAGCCACAGAGCUCUGUUGGGAGCGAAUUUUGCUGCUUAACAUUUAAAGUCAGAACAAAAUAUAUGCGUUCCUGUCUCUCGCUGCAAUGUAUUUGGUGGCCCCUAGAGUGGAACCUUCAAGGGUCCCUAUGGUUGCCCCUCCCGCGACCGCUCUGGUGCUCCUAAUUACAAUACUCUUAGUAAUACGAGAAAGGAAAAAUCGCUGUUGUUAUUGGAAAACUGCUGUAACUGGUUGCCCCUAAUUUUACUUGCAGCAUUCCGGUUUCUCAGACGAAACUUCUGCAGAAAAAUUUUAAAAGGGCGUUAAAAUUUUUCGACGUCAAAGUACAGCGUGAAGAAGAGUUUUCCAUUUACAAAUCGUAGGAAAAAAAUUUCGAUUCAAUAUGGAACAAAGAUUCAGACUCAAUGUAAACACUAGUAAGUACGAAAACAUGUGUGAUGAGCAGAUUUUGAGCAGCAAGUAUGAUUUUUUCGAGGUGAGCCUUUUUUUUCCCAAUUUUUUUUGUUAACUAUUGUUUUGAGUGUGCCGAGGGGACUGAAGAGAAAGGUUGCGAUGACGAGGGUCACGAAACCUUGAAGGUGAUGUUUAAAACGCUUGGGUCCCGUAGAAAACGUGUUUUGUGUUAUGAUUACCAUUUUUGGAACGUUUAUUUACGUUUCAAACGGUUGCACACAAUAGUAUUCAUUUUAGGUGACAAAUCCUUUUUUCCAUGCGCACUUUUGUUUCAGCUUUAAAUCAAAAUUUAUAGCUGUUUCAUGGCAAGCUUAGGACGCUAAGGGAGCGUGGCCUGUCCGUGCUCUCCACGACUAUCUCGUACAUUAUCGUGUCAGGACCCUUAUUUCAAUGGCUAAAGUCAGCUGUGAAUCAGCUUCAAACCGGCUAUAAUUUCAAGUUCCAACCGAUUUUCUGUUUGAUCGGUUGAUCAAUUUUCAGAGAAAAUUGAUCGGUUGAUCAAUUUUCAGAGAAAACUUAAAUCCGAACCAUUCAACUUUCGACAGGGCACUGAAUGAAAUCCCCCUUUUCAGGACGUCGACUAUGUUUGGUUCGUGAAAGUAGAAGAUAAUAACCAACGAAUCGCGGGUGCCGGCGCCUGUAAUUACGUUCCUGGCACUAAGUUGGCUUUUUUCAUUCAUUUGGGGAUUAUUUCGGAGUGCUGUGAACCAUCUUUUGCGAAAUGAGACGCGUUCCGUUUUUGUAAGCAUUUUAUAGAAGAAAAAAAACGUAAAUCUGAAAACAGAGCGGAGAGAUUUUGUGAGUAAGCCGCUUUGCAACUUAUAAAUUAUAAGAUAUAGAUGAUUCACGGCUAGCUUAGGACGCAAAAAGGCGUGGCCUGUCUGCACUCUCCACCAACCAGGGCACUGUCUCGUCUCUUUUCGUGGCAGGACCCUUUUCUCGAUGGCUCAAGCCUGCCGUGAAUCAGCUAUAAGCGGUAUUGCAGAAGUUUCUCUUUUUUGAAUUUUCAAAAUCAAGUGUGAGAAGUUAUUUAUUUAUUUUUUAAGUUAUUUUUCAAAUUGUUGAUUCGACCGUCAUAUGUUCGGUUUUCAGCUACAAACCGAAUGUUGGUAUGAUACUCUUCGGGAAAAAAUUUUUGAUGGAAAAAGAAGAAAGAAUAACGAGAGAGGUUUGUACGUUCAUUUUUUCAAUGGAGCAACAUUUUCCAACAUCGAACAUAAUGAAAUGUUGAUCUGCAGUUUUUUGCAUGAAGAACAGCAGAAAACAUUUGAAAGAAGCGCUAAAUUAUUAUCAAAGAUCGUCGGUUGAAAUGAAUAAGAGUUUGGUAGCAUUUCACUAAGCAAUUUUCGAAAGAAAAAGGCCAUCGAACGGUUUUUAUCAUGAAAAUUCGACAUGUUCAUCAUAACCCGAAAAAAAAAAUGGCGAAAAACUAUAGCGGCAAAAAGAUUCGAACCUUCAUCGAACUAUUGAUUGUUUUGAUGUGUUAUUUUUGUAUUUGUCGUGCAGAUUGCGGAAUGGCGAAUAAACACUUGAAAUGAAAAUGAAAUAAAUGAAAUCAUAGGCUUCACAGGCUACUGCGCUAGCCACUGCACCACGCUCCUAGCUGUCAUGCAAUGACUUAUGCUGCGGACACAUUCCUUCCGAACAUUGUCACGUGUUUAAAGACAAAAACUUUGAAAAAUCAUAUCUCCAAAACGAAAAGUUUGCUCAGAUAGCGGCUAUGCGGGACCGAUUCCCAGUCCAUCAAAGAUUGUUUUUAUUUGAGCAAAGUGAUAGAAAAUUUCAAAGCCAUGUUAGACAUGUUAACUUCCCGUUCAGCCGAAAUGUUAACAUUUAUUAUUUUUGGCGACAUUUGAUGAAAAUAAUGACCAAAAGAUUGAUCGAAAUUUUUGCAGACUCCACAUUGUGCCUAUUUUUUCGGAGGAAAAAUUUUUCACCGGAAGAUUCGAUUAAUCGAUUUUUUAAAAACAUUUUUGCAGGGCGAAGAAAAUUUGUACAACAUUUUGCGACACGAAGUAUCUCAUGCACUGUUCUUCCAUGGAGAGUUGUGGAAAGCAUUUCCAGACGGACAGUGAGUUGCAAAUUUCUUAGUGUGGCAAAAACGGAAAAAGAAACGUUUGGAGAAAAAGGGGAUAGUACACGCCAGUUUUUCUCUUUUUCUUGCCGUAUUAUACCACUUAAUUCUCAAAUGUUAUGCCGUGUUCAAUUUGAUUCCGCGAAGUGCAAAAUGAUCUCUGACUCUCCAAAAUUAAGUGAUCUUUCCCUCUUUUUAACGGGUAUUUUGCAUUUCGCAAAAUCAAAUUGAACACGGCAUUAGGUUGAAUGUCAAACCCCUGACGUCACACUGACAUCAUUUAGAACACAAGAAAUACGCGAAAUUGAAAUAUUUGGGUAUACAGGAGUGAGCAUAAUUAUUGCACGGAUUUCAAUUUGUAUAUCUUAUAUUCAAAAGUAUCUCAGAUAAAGUUUUUAACUUGAAAAAAUUCUUACUGGCUAUUAAAGUCCAUUGAGCCUGAAAAAGAUACAAGGCGAAAAAAUUUUUUGUCGAAAAUCUUGCCCAAAACGACAUAAAACGGUGAAUUGCAACAUUUUGAGCUUUUUUUACAAUCCAUUUGUAAAACUUCAUCCUUUUUCCUAGUGGUGACCACUCCGCCUGCUGGCAGCUAGAAACGGACGAAAACAAUUUUCGAGGCGCGCGCUGGACGGCGCUAUUCAGAUCUUACAAAAAAAAUUCAUGUUUGAAAAAAAAUCCAUGUUGUAAAGUUCAAUUGAUUGAUAGAAGCGAUUUUUUUUUUGUUAAAAGUCCUAAAAUCUUGGUGAAAGAACCAGCGACGGUUCGCAAAGUGGAAAACAAAAAAAAAACAGAUUGAAAUUCCACUGGCAAAAAAAAAGUUGGAAUAAUCGAAAAGUUCGUGCAAUGUUUAUGCCCACCCCUGUACAUCGUGGCAAAACUUUGACGAGCUUUUUCUCGGUACCUUAUGGCGCUAAGCAGAUUUUCUCUUUCGACAUGGAGCACUCUCCCCUACUUGGAAAACGCAGUCGCCAUCGUGAGGGGAGCACGAAACAAGUGGAUUCGGGUUUUCCCCGCAGUUUUUCAAAUUUUAAUCAACCUGAACUCAACAAAAGUUUGAAAAUUCAAUUCAUCGAGAAUUUUUUUACUGAGAAACAUAUUCCCAAAUUAUGUGUCAUAAAACUUGAGUUUUUAUGUCAGUAAAAGCUUCACUAGAAAUAUUGAAGCCUCAACUUUUUUGUACCGGUAUCAAAAUGCGCGUUUUGCAUACGGGGGGCGCGCCGAAGUUAAAUUGAUAGCAUAAAUACGUCUUUCAGUGACGUCUUUCAUGAAAAUCAAUAAUCGUAUUUUUCCAUCAAAUAUCUAUUUCUAAUUUAUUUUUCGCUGUUCGCUGUACAAAAAAAUUAGAAAAUUUUUUAGAAACCUUUACAAGAAAACGACGCGGUCCAUCGUUUAUCCAGAAACAUUGGGGUCUGGGAUGAACGAAACCUUUUACGGAAUCGCUUUUCCCAAAGCGUUGGAAGAGGCGAGGAAAUAUCUCGACUGUCCUGACCUCCAAUACAUUGAGAUAGAAAACACAGGUGGUCAGGGUACAGCAGGAAGUCAUUAUGACGCCGAUUUUCUGCCGGUAAUCUCAAGAAUUUCAUCAAAGAGUUUUUGGAACUUGACAGUAUGAAACGAUGCGAGGAGAUGACCCUCCGUUUCGCAUAGCCUAUUCGAGAAUCACACUGGCUCUGAUGGAGGACUCGGGCUGGUACAAAGUCGACUAUUCGUAUGUUUGA